AUGACCCAGUCCAUGCCUCCAUCCCCAGCCGAAGCGCCGUGUUUCUAUGAGCACACCGCGCACUCAAUCAUUCCUCAUCUAGCGCCUCAAAUGCCCUACUCAAGCUCACUUCUCCGACGUAUCCAACACGCUCUCGCGUAUCCCUCAUCCACUGCCAAGAUCCUAGCGACUUUCCCGCCAGGAUCAACCCCUGGAUCAUCAGCCCCUGGAUCAUCACCACCCCCUUGCCCCUCCACGCCGUGGCUGGCUGCGUCGGUGGAUCUGUUCCGCGGCCGCGAGACCCAGAUCAUCAUCUACUCCAGCCUCGAAGCGGAGCGCACUUCCCUCCGGCUGAUCGACCCUGUCACUGUCUCCCCGAGCGACGUGUCCAGGUACUCGGGUUCAUCUUCAGCUGCAGCCCCUGCUACCGCUGACGCUAACGCAAGGUCGCAUCCUCAUGCGAGCACUAGUAGCCAUGCAUCCGCUUCUGAAGAAAAACUUCCCAGCCCGAGCUACACCGUGUCUAGCCUCACGGCCACCCCGGCUGAACUGAACACGGCCCGGGCCCAAUUAUUGGCGUUCUUCGCGUAUGUUAAGGCCCAUUUGCUGCCCGAGUACCUGGCAUCCCUGUCAGAUACGAAGUCUGGGCCUGGAAAUCUAGCUUUAGCCUCUGCAGGUGUCGCUAUAAUCCCAGCACCAGACCCACGCACCUUCCUCAUCGGCUCUUUCCACACAGGUCUCUUCGAGCUACUGCUGCAAUCCGGAAAAUUCCCCCGCAUGGAUGGGGGUGUGAAGGGACCCGUGGAUGCUGAUCCGCUACCUAGCCUGCGGGUUUGUCGCUUUGAUAACCCGCCGUAUUACAAGUAUUUCUUCACGCGGGCUAUGUUUAGUCCCGGUGCGACAGAAACCGAGAACCCGCUGCCAGCUGGGUAUAGGUUUAAUGAUCGGUGCGGUCGGGUCGGCGUUCUACCAUCGCAGUUGGAUCUUGUACAGAGCCGGACACAUAUUCCCCGGCCGCGGCGGCAGUUGGAGACACUGCCUAGCGUCGCGAUUUACUCUGAUACCCAGCCUUCUUCCGAUGUGGAUGUGACGCCUGAAGACCCUGGCUCAGUUCCGGUCAAGGAGGCGGGCGAGGAUGAGAUGCCUAUUGCAUGGGCAUUUUUGGGCGUAGACGGUGCUGUCGCGACACUACAUGUUGAACCUGAGCAUCGCGGACGGGGACUGGCGCUUUCCUUGUCAAAAGAAGUGAUGCGACGGGGGAUGGCUGCAGAAGGAGUCUUUGGAGCGAAGAAGCUUGGUAUUGUGGAUGAAGAGACGAGGGCUUUUGUGGAGGAUUGGGUACACGCCGAGGUUGCGGGGUAUAACAAGGCGAGUAACAGGGUUAUGGAGAAGAUUGGGGGCACGAUUUUGACGACUGUUUUGUGGACGGUUAUUGAGCUUCUUGAUUGA